AUGACCAUCUGUGGCAGGCUGAUAUCAUCGAGACCUGUACUCGAGCUUCAAAGCAAAGGCUGCCACUACAUACUCACCGUCAUCGACGUGUUGAGCAAGUACGCGUGGGCUGUACCGUUCAAGAGCAAGUGUGGAAGCGAGACGGCUAAUGCUGAGAUAAUUCGAGAGAGUAAAUGUCCGAAAAAUUUCCAAACGGAUAUGGGGAAAGAGUUUUACAACGCCGACAGAAAAUCUUUAAAAAACACGUUAAUCACUAUUUCACAUAUAGACGUUGAAAGCAUCAGUGCGAUUCAAUCGCACGCUCAAGAACGACAUGUGGAAGAUGUUUAUGCUCAUUGGCAAUUACAAUACAAGAUGAUUGAGAAGCAUUACAUGCCAAAUUGGACCACUGAAGUGUUUACAAUCAUUAAAGCGCAACGUAUCAAUACCGUAACCUAUUUACUCGAGGAUUAUCGCAAAAAACCGAUUGCUGGAGGAUUCUACGAGUUCGAGUUACAUCGCGUUAAUCCGGACGUGUAUCUCGUAGAGAAAGUACUGCGCAGGAAGAGAGACAAGAUUGAAAUAAGACCAACAAAAAUAACGCAAGCGUAUUUAUUGGCGGCGUCUUAUUGUUCGACGAUUGGCGGUACAGGAACAUUAGUGGGAACUGGCACAAAUCUUACUUUCAAAGGAAUCUAUGAAAGUACGUUUCCAGAGGCUGAAGGAAUUAGUUUUACAAGUUGGAUGAUAGCGUCUUUUCCUCAAAUGGUCGUAAAUUCUUUCCUCACCUGGAUAUAUUUACGAAUCGCUUAUAUGGGAUAUUUAAGACCACAUAGUAAGGAUGCUCGAAUAGCGUCAAUUGGAAGAGAAGGUGUAGCUGUCACAAAUCAAGUUAUACAACAGAGGUACAAGAAUUUGGGUCCUAUAACUUUUCAUGAAACUUCAAUAGCCACUUUAUUCUUCACGUGCGUAUUUCUUUGGAUAUUUCGCAAACCUGGUUUCGUCGUUGGAUGGUCGGAAGUGAUUACUGAUAUAGAUGUUAGAGAUUCAGUGCCCGUGAUAUUCGUCGCCAUCCUGAUGUUUUUCAUCCCAAAGGAUCCUAGCUUCAUAUAUUCUUUUAGUCAAUAUCCUGCUAAAAGGCCAAAAAGAUCUUCAGAAGGUUUGAUUACGUGGAAGGUAAUCGAGAGUAAAAUGCCAUGGAGUCUAAUGUUCCUGUUGGGUGGCGGUUUCGCAAUCUCAAGAGGAAGUGUAGCAUCAAGUAUGGCAAGACGAGUCGGUGAAGCUCUAGUACCACUCCGUUUUUUACCACCCAUUAUAAUACUUGCUGUUGUGUGCUUCUUCGAAGGCCUUGUGACAGAGUUUACCUCAAAUGUGGGAGUGGCGAAUAUCACUUUACCAGUGAUAGCGCAGAUGUGCGUGGCAAUGGAAAUACAUCCUUUGUACUUAAUGAUACCAGCCACACUGAUGUGUUCAUUUUCAUUUCGCUUGCCAGUUGGCACACCACCGAACGCAAUUGUAACAAUCGCAGGACAUAUCCCUACAAGUUGGUUAAUGGCUGGAGGCUGUGCACCUGCAAUUUAUUGUUUGAUAGUAGAAGUAAUUUUUUUCCCUACAUGGGGUGUUUUCGUUUACGGAAUUAAAGAGUUUCCUGAUUGGGCCAGAUAUAUUGAAAUAGAAAAUAAUACAGAUGUAUUUCAUUAA